AGGUGCUGCUGACAGCCUGUAGGGGGCACCUUUAAGGUGUUUGAUUGUUUAUGCGGAGCUUGAUCCGUUUUCUUCAGCUUUGUGGUCUUAAUUUUGGGUUCGAACAGCCUCGGUGAUCAUGGGAGCCGUUCUCGGUCUGUGCUCCAUGGCCAGCUGGAUUCCGUGCCUGUGCGGCAGCGCCCCCUGCCUACUGUGUCGCUGCUGUCCUAGUGGAAAUAACUCCACGGUGACUCGUUUGAUCUACGCCUUCUUCCUGUUGUUGGGCGUGGCCGUCGCCUGCAUUAUGUUGAUGCCUGGCAUGGAGGGGCAGCUGAAGAAGAUUCCUGGUUUCUGUGAAGGCGGAAUGGGGUCGUCACUUCCUGUGGUGGAGGGUCACGUGAACUGUGACGUGCUGGUCGGGUACAAAGCUGUGUACCGUGUCUGCUUUGGCAUGGCCAUGUUCUUCCUGCUCUUCUCUCUGCUCAUGAUCAAGGUGAAAAGCAGCCAGGACCCACGCGCCGCGCUGCAUAACGGGUUUUGGUUCUUUAAGUUUGCUGCAGCUGCUGCCAUCACCGUUGGAUCCUUUUUCAUUUCAGAAGGUCCCUUCACCACUGUGUGGUUCUAUGUGGGCAUGGCUGGUGCCUUCUGCUUCAUCCUCAUCCAGCUGGUUUUACUCAUUGACUUCGCCCACUCCUGGAAUGAAUCGUGGGUGGAGAAGAUGGAGGAGGGAAACUCCCGAUGCUGGUAUGCAGCUUUGCUGUCGGUUACCACGGUGAACUACAUGCUGUCUCUGGUGUCCCUGGUCCUGUUCUACGUUUACUACACCCACUCUGACGGCUGCACUGAGAACAAGGUUUUUAUUAGCAUCAACAUGCUGCUGUGCGUCGCCGCCUCCAUCAUGUCGGUGCUGCCUCAGAUCCAGGAGUCUCAGCCUCGGUCCGGCCUGCUGCAGUCGUCUCUCGUCACCCUGUACACCAUGUACCUGACCUGGUCCGCCAUGACCAACGAGCCCGAGAGGGAGUGUAACCCCAGUCUUCUUGGGAUCAUUGGACUGAACAGCACCCGGUCUGCUGCUCAGGACCACGUGGUUCAGUGGUGGGAUGCCCAGGGCAUUGUGGGACUGAUCCUGUUCCUCAUGUGUGUUCUGUACUCCAGUAUCCGAAACUCAUCCAACGCUCAAGUCAACAAGCUGACUCUAACAAGUGAUGAGUCGGCGCUGAUCGAGGACGGGCCUCAAACCGACAGCCUGGAUGAGUCCGGCAGCUUGAACCGCGCUGUGGACAACGAGAAGGACGGUGUUACAUACUCCUACUCCUUCUUCCACUUCAUGCUGUUCCUGGCAUCCCUCUACAUCAUGAUGACACUCACCAACUGGUACAGCCCGGACUCUGACUACAAGGUAAUUACCAGUAAGUGGCCCUCGGUGUGGGUGAAGAUGUGCUCCAGCUGGAUCUGCAUCGCCCUCUAUGUGUGGACACUGGUGGCGCCGCUCAUCUUGGUCAACAGAGAUUUUGACUGAAAGCCGCUGACUUUUUUUUGUGUAACUGCUGUUAAAAAAACAAAACAAAACCUGUCCACGUAGGCUGCCGCCUGCUGGCUCUGUUGUCAUGGUGACAUGUAAUUAUCCCAUGGUUUCGUGAGGCAGUGUUGCAUGCUUUUACUCUGGCAGGUCAGAUUAAGUAUUUACUGUUACAGAUGCGUGAGUAAGUUUAACAUGUUUGGCAACAGUUUGGUGCCUUUUUUUUUUCCAAUGAAGAAAAACUUUUAAUCUUUUAAAUAAAGGUAAGUUAUUGAGUAGUUUAACAUCCUGUGCAGAUUUCUGUGAUUGUAGCUGUGUUCUUUUAUUGCUGACAUUUCAGUGUUUCAAAAAAUAAAGUGGAAUUAAUGGA